AUGGACUCCAGAUGGCAACAGGCAACGACUCUUCGUAUCAUUAUUUUCCUGCAGAUGGUUCAGUUGGUCACAGGCCAGUAUAAAAUUAUUCCUCCUGACAAACCUGUCCUGGGGAUCCUGGGCAGAGGGGUCAUCCUGCCAUGUCUGCUGGAAGCCAAGGUCAUCCCAGCCAGAGUCACCAUUCAGUGGACAUUUACUGGAAGCUCCAAAAACACUGACGUGAUCACUUUUAAUGGGAGAAACUUCCAGAAACUAAUUGUGGAGGAUGAGGCCUACCAGGGCAGGACAGAUAUUUUCCAGUCGGAAUUUCAGAGAGGAAACUUGUCCCUUCACCUGAAAAAUGUCACCUUCUCGGACCAAGGGAAGUACACUUGUGGUGUCUUCUUUGACAACUGGUAUGAUGAGGUGGUGGUUGACCUGCUUGUGGCAGCUCAAGGUGAGGAGUCUUUGGUCUUCCUGGAUGGUCCCGUGGGUCAGGGCCUCGGCCUCACCUGCAAGUCCCAGGGAUGGUUUCCAGAGCCCAAAGUGGUUUGGCUGGACAGCAGAGGACAGCCAUGGGAGGAGGAGGUGACCACCCACAGCAUAAAGACUUCUUCAGGGCUGUUUGAUGUCAUAAGUUCCACCAGUCUCCAACCAGGCUCUGACCAGGAAGUGUCCUGCAGAGUGGUCAACAACCUCCUCAACGCAACGUGUGAAUCCCGAGUCUGGAUUUCAGAUGUCUUCUUCCCUUCCACCUCACCUUGGAGAACGGCCUCCCUGGUCCUUCUUUUCCUGAAUUUAACUGGUUUGGCUGCUCUUGGUUAUAAACUGACCAGCAGUUUUGUGCAGUGGCAGAAAGAAGGAACACUCGAGGCUGAGCUGGGUUUCUGGGAAGCCUGGAGCCACGCAGUUCCCAUCAGGGUGAAUCCUGAGGGCCAGGUCCUGGAGCUCCAGCUGCCGGGGGUUGCAGGAGUGGAGAGCAAGACGUUGGACCCUGCUGGCCCCAACCCUCCCUGCACAGCCCCUGUCCUGCUGGGGGAGGAGGGGUUUGGGGCUGGGAAACACUACUGGGAGGUGGAGGUGGGAGAGCAGCAGGACUGGGUGCUGGGGGUGGUGAGGGAGAAGGGGAGACAGGAGGGGGAAGGGCUCCUUCCCGGGCAGGACUACUGGGCUCUGCACAAAUCCCAGGGACGGGUCUUCUCCAGUGCAGGGGAUGGCAGGGCUGGGGAGCAGCUCUGGAGUGACCCAGUGAUUGGGGUGUUGCUGGACCUGGAGGAAGGGCAGGUGAGCUUCUAUGGAACAGAGAAGAAGAACAUGAUAGUGAGGAUGUCCCUGGGGCUGGGAAAGGAACCUGCAGGAAGGUUCUACCCGUUUCUGUCCAAAGGGGAAGGGGCCCUUGCUCCUCUCAUCCACCCAGUCUCCAUCCCUGUCCCUUUGGAGACUGUAAAAGGGAAUUGUGCCUCCAAGGGCUUGCAGAGUCCAAGGUGUCUGCCAAGAGGUGAUGGUUGGGAGGAGGAGAGCCUGGCAUGUCAGGCUGAGGACACCCAGGAACUAGGAAAGAAAGAGAGGAUUGAGGAACCCACCAGGACAAGCCAGGAGAAGGAAUGA